CGCGUUAUUCUCUCUCUCUCUCUCUCUCUAUCUUCCCGUUGAUAACAACCGGAUUGCCACACGGAGAGGUUUCGGAUGAUGAGAGCACAGAUUGGAUGAGAUGAUUGAAGAUUCAAAGAUCGAUGAUCCAUAAAAUUCUACUACCACUACUAUUACUACUAAUAAUAAAUACAGUGACAGAGAGAGAGACUGUGUGAGUGUGUGAGAUUGUGAGAGAGAGAGAGAGAAAAUGGAGUUGCAAAUGAAGGUGGCAGAGGCCGUACACGUGCUGAACCACGACACCCAGUCCUGCAACCGCGUGGCCGCCAACCAAUGGCUCGUCCAUUUCCAACAAACCGACGCCGCUUGGGAAGUCGCCACUUCAAUCCUCACUUCCUCUCCUCCUCCUCCUCCACACUCCCCUUCCUCCUCCUCCUCCUCCUCCUCCUCCUCCGCCUCCGCCGCCGAUUCCGAACUCGAGUUCUUCGCCGCCCAAAUUCUCAAACGGAAGAUUCAAAACGAAGGCUGUUUCUUGCAAUUGGGAGCCAAGGACGCCCUCCUCAACGCUCUUCUCCUCGCAGCCAAGCGGUUCAGCUCCUCCGGUCCUCCUCAGCUCUUGACGCAAAUCUGCCUCGCUCUCUCUGCCCUAAUUCUCCGCGGCGUCGAAAACGGGAAGCCGAUCGAGCAGCUCUUCUACAGUCUGCAGAAUCUGCAGAGUCAGGAGGAUGGUAAUAUUGCUGUGUUGGAAAUGCUUACUGUUUUGCCUGAAGAAGUUUUCGACACUCACAACACUGAUUCGAAAUUGACUUCUGCUCUCAGAACUCAGUAUUGCCGAGAGCUUCUCUCGCAUACGCCGGUAGUUCUCGAGUUUCUACUGCAACAAUCGGAGAAAAGCUUUGAUGCUGCUACUGCGCAAUUGCACGGUCACGAAAGGAGCAGGAAAAUUCUGCGUUGCUUACUGAGUUGGGUUCGAGCUGGGUGUUUCUCAGAGAUUCCUCAGGGCUCAUUGCCCGCACAUCCACUUCUUAAUUUUGUUUUUGGUUCUUUGCAGGUUUUAUCUUCAUUUGAUCUGGCCAUUGAAGUUCUCAUUGAACUUGUUAGUCGACAUGAGGGGCUACCCCAGUUUUUAUUAUGCAGAGUACAUUUCCUUAAAGAAGUGCUUCUUCUACCAGCUCUUACUAAGGGAGAUGAGAAAGUUAUUGGUGGUCUUGCGUGCCUUUUGUCGGAAAUUGGGCAGGCUGCACCAUCUCUGAUUGUAGAAGCAAGUGCUGAAGCACUUUCUUUGGCGGAUGCACUCUUGAGAUGUGUGGCAUUUCCAAGUGAGGACUGGGAGAUUGCAGACUCAACUUUGCAAUUCUGGUCCAGUCUCGCAAGCUAUAUUCUUGGCCUUGAUGAAGAUGGUACAAAAAGUAGGAAACAUGUGGAAGAAAUGUUUUCUUCUUUAUUCUCAGCGUUGCUUGAUGCACUUUUAUCACGUGCACAGGUGGAUGAAUCUAUAUUCAAUGAUGAGAGAGGAAAUCCUGACCUGCCUGAUGGCCUCAUCCAUUUCCGGAUGAAUCUUGUUGAGCUUUUGGUGGAUAUUUGUCAGCUUUUAAGUUCGGCUACAUUUAUACAAAAGCUUUUCAUUGGUGGUUGGACCUCAGCAAAUGUACCAAUACCUUGGACAGAAGUGGAGAGCAAAUUAUUUGCUCUUAAUGUGGUUGCAGAAGUAGUCCUACAGGAGGGUCAAUCCUUCGAUUUCUCUGUGAUUAUGCAGCUGGUGACAAUGUUGUCCAUUUGGCCUUCUGACAAGCUUAAGGGCUACGUGUGCUUUGUAUACAGAUCUCUAGCUGAUGUUGUUGGUUCCUAUUCCAAGUUGAUAUCUGCUUUUCAAUCAAAUGCUAGGUCCUUACUAUUAUUUCUUGCUACGGGGAUCUCAGAACCUCUGUCCUCAAAUGCUUGCGCCUCAGCGUUGCGUAAAAUUUGUGAAGAUGCUUCUGCAGUAAUUUAUGAACCUGCAAACUUGGAAAUUUUGAUGUGGAUAGGAGAGGGUUUGGAGAAGAGGAAUUUACCUUUAGAAUAUGAGGAAGAAAUUGUCAGUGCAAUAAGUCUGAUCCUUGGUUCUGUUCCCAACCAAGAACUAAAGGGCAACUUGUUGGCUAGAUUGCUUUCUUCUAGCUACGAAGCAAUUGGAAAACUUGUUGAAGAAGAUAACAAGCAUUCUCUGAGACAGAACCCAGCUACCUAUACACAAAUUUUGACCUCUGCAGCGAGAGGGCUGUACAGGAUGGGAACUGUAUUCAGUCAUCUUGGAACAUCUUUGCCUACAGGUCCUUCUGCAGAUGAUCCCAUACUAGCACUUCUCACAGUAUUUUGGCCCAUGCUGGAGAAGCUUUUUAUGUCUGGACACUUGGAGAAUGGUAAUUUAGCUGCGGCAGCUUGCCGGGCCCUUUCACAAGCAGUUCAGUCUUCAGGACAGCAUUUCGUGGCAGUACUGCCCAAAGUACUAGAUUGCCUAUCAACUAACUUUUUGUCAUUCCAAAGUCAUGAAUGCUACAUUAGAACAGCUUCUGUUGUCAUUGAAGAAUUUGGUCACAGGGAGGACUACGGACCUCUGUUUGUCACCACUUUUGAAAGAUUUACAUAUGCAGUAUCGGUAGUGGCUCUUAAUUCUUCGUAUAUAUGUGACCAAGAACCUGAUCUAGUGGAGGCCUACACAAACUUUGCAUCCACAUUCGUUCGGGGCUCUCCUAAGGAAGUACUGGCUGCAUCUGGUUCACUUCUUGAAGUUUCCUUCCAAAAGGCAGCUAUAUGUUGCACAGCUAUGCAUCGUGGCGCAGCACUAGCUGCAAUGUCAUAUUUGUCUUGUUUCUUGGAUGCGGGCCUGGCCUCUUUGUUGGAGUGCCUAACUUGCAUUUCCGAAGGAUCAUUCAGUGCCAUAGCAAUUCAGGUCAUAUCUCGUAGUGGCGAGGGCCUUGUAUCAAAUGUGGUGUAUGCUUUACUUGGUGUUUCAGCAAUGUCUCGGGUUCAUAAAUGUGCGACAAUCUUGCAACAAUUAGCAGCAAUUUGCAGUUUAAGUGAGAGAACAACCUGGAAGGCUAAUCUUUGUUGGGAAUCUUUGCAUGGGUGGCUACACUCAGCGGUGCACACUCUUCCUGUUGAAUAUCUAAACCAGGGGGAAGCAGAAUCUGUAGUGCCAGUUUGGUUAAAGGCUCUUGCUGGUGCUGCCUCGGACUGUCUUGAGAGCAAGAGCUGUGAUGGGGGGAAAAAUAAUUAUGGGCAUAUGCAAGGGAAAGGGGGAAGAGUUUUAAAGCGUCUACUCCGUGAGUUUGCUGAUAGUCAUCGGAAUGCCCCAAAUUUGACUUGAUGGUAGCAGAAAACCUCUGUCAUCGGAAUGUCCCAAAUUUGACUUGAUGGUAGCAGAAAACCUCUGUUAUGUUAUAUACAGCUGUUCCAGCCAGCAGCUUCAAGAGCCAUCGGGGGGCCUUCAUCCUGGAGCUGACAGCACCUGUUGUAUUUGUUGUAAAUUGAUGGCUUGUCUUAAAGGUUGGUCAAUCUUGGGGCGAGUAUUUGAGAAUGCCCCACGUAUAUUAUUCUUUGUAGUGUUGUACAGUAGUAUAAUGUCCCCAAUUUUGCCAUAUUCCGGAAUCUUAUUAUAAUUUAUUCUGGGUUCCUUUUUUUUUUAUAUAUAUAUAUAUAUAUAUUUUAAUAGCUCGGAUCAGAUUUCUAUGUGAAGAAGCAGCUAGAGAUGAGGAUGUAAUAUGUAAAAAAGUGAUGAUAGAUAUUGCUCUCAAGCUACAUUGCACAUUCUUGUUUGAUUAAUGGAAAAACCAAUUGUCAUAUUUA